GACGUGUCCAUUGGCACUGUCUAUUUAGCAUUUAAGGAGGACUGGUUAAAUCUCUUCUGCGCUGGAAAGUUUUUGAAAUUACCAGCCCAGAUGUCUGGCUAGGUUUUUGGCUUAUUCAUACACUGAUUAUAGCCUAUUUUAGAAAACAAUCCAUAGGAGUAAAAAUUACAAAGGGACAAAACUCCACACUGUCAAAAUGCACCCACUAAUAUCUGGCCCUGUGCCAACAAAUACGGGGUGCAUUUAUGCACAGUAGAGUUAUGCCCCUUUGUAUUUGUUUCCUCGUCUCGAUUGUCACAUGGCAUUAUGUUUCACAUCGACGUACAUCUAUCACACGAUGACAUGACUCUCAGUAUCUUCGUUAUUGUUUAUCUUGCUAGGUAGGCCAAAGCUUCUGUCUGUCAAAAGGGGCUUUUCUGACUGGGAUACCUCCUGUCCACUCGAUCGUGACUCGUUUUCCGGGGUUUUUUAAGUUUCGCAAUGCAGCACAGCCGUGUAUCGACCUGUUCCAGAAGUCUGUUGUGUGUCCAAAAUUAGUUCGUGAUGUUUACUCACAUGACCAUUCCAAGUAUAUUAUCUUUAGGAAUCUCCCCGUGACACUGUACAGCGCCUGGAUACCGAGUGAGUCUUUUUGUUCAGUCAUAUCGCCGGCGCGGUGGAUUCAAAAUGGCGUUCUUUCGCCAGCUUCGGUUGCUUCUAUGGAAGAAUGCCCGUCUACAGAGAAAGAAGAUUUGUGUGACCGUUUUCGAGAUUCUUCUUCCUCUUCUCUUGGGAGGAAUAUUUUUCAGCAUGAGAUUUCUAGUUCCUGUAGAACACCACCCGCCAACCAUCUACUCUCCUUCGCCCGUGACCCGAAACUUCUACGAUUUGUAUGAAGGAAAUACUAUUUUGUACUGGCCGAACAAUACAAUCGUCAAUGGUUUAAUGGCUGAUGUCAAUGCAACUGUGUACAACAACUCAGGUUUUGUUGAUGCAGUUUCGUUCAAAGGGUUUUCUGCCAGGAACAACCUGUUGGAAUACUUCAGCCUCAACUCUAAAGGCAUCUUCUUUGCUGUAGAGUUUGAGAAUAUAGCAAUGACAGAGACGGUUUUGCCCAAGCACCUGCGGUACGCCAUACGCCCCAAAGUUGAAGUGUAUGAGGACUGGCACACAAGAGAAACCUCCCCUUAAAUAAAUAAAUACAUGCUCCUAUUUCAGACUACACGAACUUCAUGACUAUCCAGCGUCUUGUAAAUGAAGCUGUCAUCAAACACCUCACCCCAAACUCAACUGAUGCAAUAAAAAAGCUGGAUGUUCAACUGAUGCGGAUGCCAUUUCCGUCCUACAUCGAUGACGCCAUGAUUCAGCUGCUGCAGUACAUGUUUCCCUCGUUGCUGAUGCUCAGCUUCAUCCUGAUGGCCAUCCAGACAACAAAGGGAGUUGUCUACGAGAAGGAAAGAAAACUAAAAGAAUCCAUGAAGCUGAUGGGUCUGAGCGCUGCAGCUCACUGGACGUCUUGGUUCCUGACCAGCUUUAUAUAUGUGGUAAUAGUAAUGGCACUGUAUGCUCUGCUGUGUGGAAUUGACGCAAGUGGAAAUGGGGCAGCUCUGGCCAAAUCAGAUCCCUCCCUGUUCUUUGUGUUCCUCCUCUGUUACGGCGUCUCCCUCAUCUCAUACUGCUUCAUGAUCAGCGUCUUCACUCAAAGGGCAAACAUCGGGGCAGCAAUCAGCGGGAUCGUGUUCUUCAUCUCCUUCAGCCCGUACUUCUACCUUAACAUCAUAUACCAACACAUGACGAGGCCAGCUAAACUGGCUUCCUGUCUCCUGUUCAACGUGGGAAUGGCGAUGGGUGCAAAUGUCAUAUCACUUUACGAAGGAGCUGGUUCUGGUGCACAAUGGUCAAAUUUUGCCGAGCCUGCUACAAUUGAUGACAACCUCUCCCUGCUGGACACCAUGUUGAUGUUGCUAGGCGACACGGCAAUCCACCUGCUCAUCACGUGGUAUAUGGAUAAUGUCCGACCAGGCGAGUUUGGUGUGCCGAAACCAUUCUACUUCCCUUUCACUAGAUCGUACUGGCUUGGAACAAAGCAGAUAAAAGAUGCUUAUUCGGCUCUUGGACACUGGGAUGAGAAACACUUUGAGAAGGAACCAAGUGGAAUGACUGCUGGAAUAGCCAUCAAUAAUCUGAGAAAGGUUUUCGGCUCCGGAUCUAAGAAGAAAGUAGCCGUGGAUGGGAUGAGUCUCAACAUGUUCGAGGGUCAGAUCUCUGUUCUCCUGGGUCACAACGGUGCUGGGAAAACUACAACCAUGUCUGUUCUUACAGGUUUCAUCCCUGCAUCUGGAGGCACCGCCAUUGUGAACGGUUACGACAUCAACAACGACAUCCAGAGUGUACGGCAGAGUCUAGGUCUUUGUCCUCAACACAACAUCCUGUUUGACAGUUUGACCGUUCGGGAACAUCUACAGUUCUUUGCCUCUUUGAAAGGAUGUCCAAUUACCGCUGUUGAAACUGAAGUUAACACAAUAAUCAAUGAAGUUGGCCUGAGUUUAAAGAAACACAGCCAGUCUCGGCAUCUGUCUGGAGGACAGAAGAGGAAGCUUUCUGUUGGCAUUGCUCUGAUUGGAGGAUCGAAGAUCGUUAUCCUGGAUGAGCCAACUUCCGGUAUGGAUCCUGCAGCCAGAAGACAGACAUGGGACAUCCUUCAGAGGAACAAGCAGGGCCGGACCAUGUUACUGACCACUCACUUCAUGGACGAGGCUGACGUUCUCGGGGACCGCAUCGCCAUCAUGACAGAAGGGGUGGUCAAGUGCAGUGGGACAUCCUACUUCCUGAAGAAACUCUAUGGGGCUGGCUACCACCUGGUGAUGGUGAAGGAACCCAACUGUCAGGUGGCGUCAGUGACGGCAGUUGUCCAGCAGCACGUCCCUACAGCAGUCAUGGAGAGUGAGAUCAAUGCUGAACUCUCCUACCUGCUGCCUGAUGACCAGUCAGAGAGCUUUGCUGCUCUCUUCACGGAGAUUGAAAGUCGGGGAAAGGAACUGGGUAUUUCCAGUUUUGGUACAUCCGCGACCACCAUGGAAGAGGUGUUCCUAAAGGCUGGUGAAGAGGAAGUAGUUGAAGAGCUAGCAUAUGACAACGACUCAGUUGGGUCCACUGAUGAUCUGUUGGGCAGCAGCACCUCCAAUCUUCAAGGUACAGCGCUAGCGGGAAUUUUAGAAUUCAAUGAGGGUUUCAUCAAAACCAGAGGAAUAUUGUUGGAGUUGUCUCGCUUCAGGGGAAUGUUUGUGAAGAAGGCUCUUCACACAUGGAGGAACAAGACCAUCACCAUUGUCCAGCUUCUGUUACCUGUCAUAUUUACAAUUGUUGCUCUCGUUGUCGGCCAGAUAAGCCUAGGAAAUGAGGAUGACGUUCCACUCACUCUGGACUUGAAGCCAUUCAAAGGAACAUUUGUUCCAUAUCUUGAUGGCCAAACAGGUGCACUUCCACAGGAGUAUGCCAAGGCAUACGCUGACCAGUUCAGUGGAACUAUCAACAAGGUCGAGAAAAUUGAUCUGUUGAAGUAUCAAAAUGUAACAAACUAUUUCUUAGCUAGAGAAAGAGACCUUGGUAUUGGACAAUACAACAAGAAAAUGAUCAUUGGAGCACAGUUCAAAUCAAACAAUGAAGCUGUUGGGUUUUAAUGGACAACCCUAUCACAGCCAGCCAAUAGCUUUGUCAUUCAUGAUGAAUGCAAUCCUUAAAUAUUUUACAUCUCCGGAUCAUUCCAUUACCACGAUCAACAACCCACUUCCAUUUGAUGCUAAGCAAU